AUGGCAGACUCCGCGAACUACACGGUAGGCUGGAUUUGCGCCCUGCCCACUGAGUUCAACGCAGCCAAGGCCUUACUCGACGAGAAGCACGAGGAAUGCCCGCCGGUUGCGAAACACGACAACAACAGCUAUGCGCUCGGCAGGAUAGGCAGUCAUAAUGUCGUGAUAGCCGUCAUGCCAAGCGGGGAGUAUGGCACGACCUCGGCCGCGGCUGUGGCUCGAGACAUGGUGCACAGCUUCCCCAACGUGCGUAUUGGACUCAUGGUCGGCAUCGGCGGCGGCGCGCCCAGCCCAAAGCACGACGUACGUCUUGGUGAUGUCGUGGUCAGCAGCUGUGGCAGAGGUAAAGGCGGCGUCUUCCAGUACGACUUUGGUAAGGCCGUCCAGGGUCAAGACGUCUCAUUCCAGAACACGGGCUUCCUGAACCAGCCACCGACAGUUCUGCGAACAGCUGUCAGCGCGCUCGAGAGUCAAUACGAGAUGGAAGGCCACCAACUCAAUUCCAUCGUUGACGGGGCGUUCGAACAGUGGCCGCGACUACGUAAACGAUACUCCCGGCCUCCUCCCGGCAGCGAUAGGCUCUACUGCUCCGAUAUAAUCCAUCCCGACUUGCCGGACGCAUGUAGUAGCGUCUGUAGUAAUGAUCCUGCCCAUCUAGUACUUCAAGCUCGGAGAGAUGAACUCGACAAUGACCCCGCAAUCCACUACGGUUUGAUUGCCAGCGCGAACAGACUGAUGAAGAACGCUACGCUCCGGGACAAGCUGGCGGAGAAGGGCGUCCUCUGCUUCGAGAUGGAGGCCGCCGGCCUGAUGAACCACUUCCCCUGUCUUGUGGUCCGUGGGAUUUGCGACUACUCUGACUCGCACAAGAACGAUGAAUGGCAGGGCUUUGCCGCGAUGAUGGCGGCGGCAUAUGCGAAGGAUCUCUUGCGUCAGAUCCCGCCUAGCAAAGUUGAGGCCGAGAAUGUGAAUGAGAUGAAGAACGAUGCGGCACUUACCAAGAAUGAGAAAUAUCUCAAAAAACUCUAUCGCUGGUUGUCAGCGCCCGACCCCUCGACCAAUGCUGCGUUGGCGAGAGCACGCAAGCACCCUGGCACCGGAACCUGGUUUCUAGAAAGCGCCACUUUCCGAGAUUGGGUGGCCGGAAAACGUCAGCACUUGUGGCUCUACGGCCAUGCAGGAUGUGGCAAGACCGUUCUGAGCACGACAAUCCUGGAUCAUCUCAGGGAAACAGGGGAAACGAGUGCCGACCUUACGCUUGAGUUCUUCUUCGACUUCAACAACACCGGAAACCAAACGCUGGAGAGCCUCUUACGCUCGCUAGCAUUGCAGCUUUACCGCAAUAGUGGUGAGGCUGCAAGGAGACUCGAGGACCUUUUUAGGUCUAAUAGCGAUGGCCAGGCACAGAUAGGCAUCAGCACACUGUCGGCCUGCGUCGAGGCAAUGUUGCAAAUCUCCCCAAGGGUCACUAUCGUCCUAGAUGCCUUAGAUGAGUGUACGACAAGGACCCAGCUUCUCUCUUGGAUCCAGUAUUGUGUUUCUGGGUCAGGCAUCUGCAAUACUAAGCUGAUUGUCACUGGGCGGCCUGAGGCGGAAUUUGAUCGUGUCAUUCCUCGGCUUUUUGAUGAGAACAACUGCAUGUUGCUUGACAAGAAGGCUGUCAACGCUGACAUACGCUCCUACGUCGCGCAUGAGCUUCGUAAGAGGCCCGAUUUUGUGGAAAAGAGGAUGCCUCGUGAUGUUAUCGAGCAGAUCCGCAAAAGUGUUGGCGACAAAGCCGAUGGGAUGUUUAGAUGGGCGACGUGCCAGUUGGAUACUCUUGCCAAAUGUCUACAUCUUCAGGCUAUCCAAGAAGCCCUCAAUAAUUUGCCGCCGACCCUGAAUGAGACAUACGAGCGCAUAAUAGAGAACAUCCCAUCGGAACUCAAGAGCGACGCCAUACGCCUCUUACAAUUCCUCGUCCACACAGACCGACCUUUAACUCUCUCGGCCGCAAUCGACGUAAUAGCUACACAGAUAGAGGGCGAGCAAACAGGCUUCAACGCGAAACGCAGACUCUUUCUCAAGGAAGAUGUACUGAAAUAUUGCCCUAGUUUGGUGGUAGUCACUGAGGUCCUGAAAGACAGGUACAGCAAGCGUACUGAAAUGGAGAUACACCUCGCCCACUUCUCGGUCAAGGAGUAUCUCACAUGCGACGAACAAUUUCAAAUUGCAACUGCCAGUGCUGCAAUCACCAAAACCUACCUUACGUAUCUGACAGAUAUUAAGGGAAUUUCAGGGAAAAACCUUCCCGUGGAGUCUAUUGAGUCGGACUUUCCAUUGGCAUUUUACGCGGCAAAACGCUGGAUGUACUAUGCGAAGCUAGCUAUGCAUUCCGAUGAUGUUUUCCAAAAAGUUCUGUUGUUCUUACAAGACAAGGAUGCCUUUGAGCUGUGGAUUAUGUUCUUACAAGAUAAGGAUGCCCUUUACCUGUGCAUUUUGGAUGAAUUUUCAUUAACAUCAAAGGGUCUAUAUUAUGCUUGUCAAGGAGGGCUUUCAAGAGUAUCAAGAAGUCUGCUGGAGGAAGGGGCAGACGUUAAAGCAGUAACUGGGAACAAUGACACUCCGCUCCAAGCUGCAUCAUCUCACGGCCAUUAA